CUUCUUUUCUUCACAAUCUCAUCACAAUUCACUUUCAAUCUCAAUCUCAAUUUUCUUCACCACCCAUCUCUCAAAGUUUCAAUUUUUCCUCUCAAAAUCCAAAUGGGUCUCUCAAUGAACUCUCAUCCACCUACAAUAACACCAAGACACUACAACAUCCACAAACUCUUCCUUUUCUGUAACUACGUCCUCUUAGGUGCAGCUUCAAGCUGCAUCUUCCUCACACUCUCGCUUCGUUUAAUCCCUUCCGUCUGCGGCUUCUUCUUGAUCCUUCUCCACAUCUUCACCAUUGCUGGUGCUGUUUCUGGCUGUGCUGCUGUUGGUGCUAACCGUUGGUAUUCUGCUCAUAUGGUAGCAACUGUUUUAACUGCUAUUUUUCAGGGUUCGGUUUCGGUUCUUGUAUUUACAAGGACUGGUGAUUUUCUUGGUGAAUUGAAGUCUUAUGUUAGAGAAGAAGAUGGUUCUGUGAUUCUGAAAUUGUCUGGUGGACUUGCUAUUUUGAUCUUUUGUCUUGAAUGGGUUGUUUUGACUCUUGCUUUUUUCUUGAAGUAUUAUGCAUCUGUUGAAGGUGUGAAUAAUAAUAGGGCUAUUGUUUUGGGAAGUGCUAAGGUUCAAGAUGAAGAUUUGAAGGAUUGGCCAUGGCCUUUUCAGGUUUAAUUUCUUCUCAUCAUGGUAUGAAGAAUGAAAUGGUUGGGUUUGGUGACAAGAUUACAAGACAAGUUUUAAUAUGCAUUUUUUGUCUGUUACAGAAUUUCUCUGUUUAGUAGUAUAUUUUUUAAUUCAUUGGGGAAUUACAUGUUUUUUCUCCUUGUUAGAUAUUGCAUGUCAAAAGAGUAUCUGUUUUGGAAUGUAAUUACUAAGUCACCUAUAUUGUGUGCUUUGUUUGUUGGUAAUGAGAAUCAGAAUUUCAGUACUAAA